AUGGAUCGGGAUGAACUAUAUGAUGCUGGUGGAGUCUUCAUUGGUGUUCUUGCCAUAAUCAUACUGAUCAUUGUAAUUUCUUACUGCCAUCGCCGGCAAGCCCUGGUCGAUCCGUCAGAUCAUGGUGAGUCAUCUGCAACAAUUGAACAAGGCCUUGAUGAAGCUACAAUAUGUGCAUAUCCGAAGCUGCUUUACUCAGAAGCCAAGCUGCACAUGUUUGAUUCAAUCUCCUGUACUCCUCCUUCUUGUUGCAGCAUAUGCUUGGCUGAUUUUGAAGACAAUGAUGUAUUGAGAUCUGUCCCUAAUUGUGGCCAUUUCUUUCACCAAGUGUGCGUGGACAAAUGGUUGCUGCUUCACCCCACAUGCCCAGUUUGCAGGAACUCACUUCUUGAUCCAUUGACUUCUGUUGGUUCUGUAGAAGAGGUCUAG